AUGGUUACUUGGGCAUUCUCAAAAUCUUCUGCCAUGAAACAUUUUUUGCUCCUCCUGCUCUGCAUUUCCGUAGCUAAAUCCCUGUCUGACUACGAUGACGAGCAAGAGGAAAGUUCACAUAAGCCUCAUGUGGAUGCUCGAGGUCAUCGACCAGUAGAUAGGAGAAGGGAACCCAUUCCAACUCUGCGACCUGCUCCACCACCCAUCACUGGGGGAGGGUACCGAGCUCGUCCCUCCCAACCGCAGUCUGCGCAACAAAAGAAAUUGGAGAGAAAAGCUCCUGAUGCUGGCGGCUGCCUUCAUGCUGAUCCUGACAUGGGAGUCUUGUGUCCAACAGGAUGUGUGCUGCAAGACACAUUAGUGAAACAGGAAAGGACUGUGAAAGCCAAUGUUAAAGACCUAGGGACUGAAGUGGACUCAUUUUCUCAGAGGACUUCUAGCAACUUCCAGUACAUGAAGAUCCUAAAGGAUAUGUGGACCAAAAGACAGAAGCAAAUAUUAGACAAUGAAAAUGCAGUAAAUGGGUUUUCUUCUGAACUGGAAAAGCAUGAAAUUUAUAUCCAGGAGACUGUGAAUACUCAUAUUCCAAAUAACCUCCGAGUGCUUCGUUCAAUUCUAGAAAAUCUAAGAAGCAAAAUACAGAAAUUAGAAAGUGAUGUUUCAGCCCAAAUGGAUUACUGCCGCAACCCAUGCACUGUCAGUUGUAGCAUUCCAGUGGUUUCAGGCAAAGAGUGUGAAGAAAUUAUUAGGAAAGGAGGUGAUACAUCUGAAAUGUAUCUCAUUCAGCCUGAUGGUUUUGUCAAACCGUAUAAAGUUUACUGUGAUAUGAAGACAGAAAAUGGAGGAUGGACAGUAAUCCAGAACCGUCAAGAUGGUAGUGUUGACUUUGGAAGAAAAUGGGAUGCAUACAAAAAUGGAUUUGGAAAUAUUGCAAGCAAUGCAGAUACAAAGAAAUACUGUGGUUUACCAGGUGAAUAUUGGCUUGGAAAUGAUAAAAUUAGCCAACUUACUAAAAUGGGACCCACUGAACUUUUGAUUGAAAUGGAAGACUGGAAAGGUGAUAAGGUGAAGGCUCAUUAUGGAGGAUUCACAGUACAGAAUGAAGGCAAUAAAUACCAGAUCUCUGUUAGUAAAUACAGAGGCACAGCCGGCAAUGCCCUUAUGGAUGGAGCAUCUCAAUUGGUAGGAGAGAACAGGACCAUGACCAUUCACAACGGCAUGUACUUCAGCACCUACGACAGAGAUAACGAUGGGUGGAUAACUGCAGAUUCAAGUAAACAGUGUGCUAAGGAAGAUGGUGGUGGAUGGUGGUACAACAGAUGUCACUCAGCUAACCCAAAUGGCAGAUACUAUUGGGGUGGCCAUUACACGUGGGAUAUGGCAAAACAUGGCACAGACGAUGGAGCUGUUUGGAUGAAUUGGAAGGGCUCAUGGUAUUCAUUGAAGAAGAUAUCCAUGAAGAUCAGACCAUUCUUUCCACAACAAUAGUUCUAAAACCUAACAGAUUUCUUAAAAUCUUACCACAUUGGACAAUUUUUUAUAUAUUGUUAUUAGAACUUUUCUUCACAUAUUGGAAGCAAACCUCCAAAAGGUUGUAGAGUUAAUAUAAACUGGAAAUGCUAUUCAGGAUAAAAAGCUAUUAAAUACAAUAUAACUAUAUUUUAUACUUUUGAUUUGUAUUUUUUGUCGACACUACUUAAAGAAAAAGUAGAUAAACAGUCAUUUAUAAAUGUCAACUCUAUCUGGUCAUGAAACAAAAUGGGUGGAGAAAUGUUAUAUAGUUUUGAAAAAAUCUGUGAGGCAAACUAAAACCUGAUGUUUAAAACUCUACUUUGUAAACUGUAUUUAUUUAUGCAAAGUUUUGUGAGAGAAAGCUUUCCAAAGAUGUGUUCAUUAAACACCAUACACUGCAAUAAGUAAA